UUAAAGGGCGGGUGCGGACACAACGCGACCACUCCGCGAGUUACGCAACAACAACAGCAGCAGCAACAACAAUCAUCAACAACAACAACAAUCAACAACAAUCAACCAGCAGUUGUGUGUAAAGUUUUAAAGACAUGGACAAGGGCAAGAAGUCGAGUAGGACCUCGGAUGGUGGCGGAGCGAGCAAAGCCAAAGAGCCUACUUUCAACAAAGAUGAGGGAUACGUGCGCAUGUACCUGCGUGGGAGACCCAUCACCAUGUUCAUGCCUCAGGACGCAGUGGAGGGAUACAAGAUAGGCACGAAGCUGGAACUACCUGCAGAGAAACUCUCCCUUGAGUGGGCCUAUGGCUACCGUGGCAAGGACUGCCGCGCCAACGUGGAGCUGCUGCCCUCGGGGGAGCUGGUGUUUUUCGUGGCAGCUGUGGGCGUGUUGCAGCACGUGGAGAGUGGCGUGCAGCGCCACUAUCUGGGCCACGAUGAUGACAUCAAAUGCAUGGCCGUGCAUCCGGACAAGGUGAUUGUUGCAACUGGGCAAGUGGUUGGGAAGAGCAAGGAUGGGAAGGUGCUUCCUGCCCACGUGCGCGUGUGGAGCUCCGCCUCGCUCGAGACGCUGCACAUGAUCGGAGGAGGAGUCUUCGACCGGGGCGUCCUCUGCGUUUCCUUCUCCCGAGCCGGUGGUGGUGGGCUGCUCUGCGCCGUGGAUGAUGGGAACGAAAAGAUGAUUUCUGUCUGGAACUGGAAGAAGGAGACGAAGGUGACCGACAGCAAGUGCUCCAACGAGGUGGUGUACUCUGCCGACUUCCACCCCAAGGAGGAAAACGUCAUCGUCACUUGCGGAAAAAACAACAUCAUCUUCUGGGCACUGGACGGACGCAACUUGAGCAAGAAACAGGGCAUAUUCGAGAAGCACGAGAAACCCAAGCAUGUCCUGUGCUUGAUCUACCUCGACAACGGGGAUGCUGUUUCUGGGGAUUCCGGUGGAAACAUCUAUGUGUGGGGCAAAGGUGGUUACCGCAUCACGCGCGCCAUCACGGGCGUGCACGCCAGCGGGGUGAUGGCGCUGUGCGAGCGUGCCGACGGCACUUUCAUUUCCGGUGGCAGAGACGGCCACGUUGUGUUCUGGGACUCGAAGAUGGAGAAAACGGGAGAGAGCCGCAUCCCCAAAGACCUGGGCAGCGUGCGGGCUCUGGCCGAAGGGGUCGAUGGCUCCUUCUGGGUAGGGACGACCGAGAACGGCAUUCUGCAGGGGAGCGCGGACGGAGAGUUCUCCCCAGUGGUGCAGGGCCACACGGACGAGCUCUGGGGCUUGGCGGUGCACCCAAAGCAGGAUGCCUUCCUGACCUGUGCCCAGGACAAGCAGGCCAUACUGUGGAACUCUGCCACUCACCGUCCCACCUGGAUCAAGACUCUGAAGGAUCCGUUGCAGUCGGCCGACUUCCAUCCCAGUGGAGAAGUGGUUGCCAUUGGAACACAGGCUGCAAGCUGGCUGGUGUUGGACUUGAAGACACAGAAAGAGUUGCAUCGUGAAUCGGCUGGCAAUGAGCAGAUUGCCGUGAUGCGCUACUCGCCUGAUGGGAGCCACCUGGCUGUGGGUUCAAAUGACAAUUUCAUCUACGUGUACUCCGUCUCGGAGGAAGGGCACAAGUACAACGCGGUUGGGAAAUGCACGGGCCACUCGAGCUUCGUAACUCACCUGGAUUGGUCUACAAACGGAGAGUUCCUCAUGUCCAACUCGGGAGACUACGAGACCCUUUACUGGACUCCGGCCAACUGCAAGCAGGUGACCGCCAUGGCAACGGUCCGAGACGUCGAGUGGGCCACGAUGACCUGUGUGCUUGGAUUCUCCACCUUUGGCGUGUGGUCGGAGGGAGCCGACGGCACGGACAUCAACGCGCUGUGCCGCUCCGGCUCGGGCAAGCUGUGCGCCCUCGGCGACGACUUCGGCAAAGUGCGCCUCUUCCGCUUUCCAGCCUCGCAGCCCAAGGCUCCCAGCCACGCUUACGGCGGCCACUGCAGCCACGUGACCAACGUGGCUUUCUCCAGCGACGACUCCUUCGUCUUCACGACUGGCGGCAAGGAUAUGGGCAUCCUGCAGUGGCGCGUGCAGUGACGGCGCAGCGGCGUGCUCGCCAGCCCUUGGUCCCAACCCCGAACCCCGUCCACCUCGUCAUCCCGCGGCACCCUGUCACCCAUGAUUAAUUUUAAGGCAGAGGCACCUUAACCUGUGUAUGGUCAAAACUGCAGUGUCAAAGCAUUGUUGUCAGCCGAUGUAUGGCAAGCAAUCGUUUCAUCGCUGUGGCUCAUUUGAUUAAUGUUUGUGAAUGCCUGAUCUGAUGUUACACGUCACUGCUGAAACGAUGCGUCGCCUGUUUCGUCAUCUCUGUGGCUCGCUGCGAUGAGUUUUGUCAGCUUGUGCCACCUGUUGUUCGGCUCCCAGAGUGUAAGAAGCUCCCCAGCAGCUCUCGACACGUGGGGUGAAUCGUCGGACACCAAGCCGAACAGCAGUACGAUACAACCCGAAAACACAUGGGAGAAGACCUUGCUAAACAACCGCAUUUAACUUGCGCAACAACAAUGCCACGCAGUUUAUGAAGGAGGUUGUCGCUUUGCCUCUGCUUUUUAAACAUGCCACUGAAAUAUCCCCUUCACUCAAUACAUUUGCAGUCCAGUUUAAGAGCAGGUUUUCUGCUUCGCAUAGCAGAGUAGUUGUAGCAACAUACCACUCCACGCUUCCAGGUGUGGCGAUCUUCUGAGCCUUAAUAUACCUUGGUCUGUUUACAUAUUCAAGUUUGCUAUAGUGGACAAAUAGUCUGGGCUGUGAUGCUUUGGCCAGUGAAAGUUAACAUUUCCAGAUUCUCGUGGUGGUUCCUACACGUAAAAUAUUGGUCUCUGCUUUUUGCAGCUUAUUUGCAGAUUUUGACCCUCGUUUUGUCACCAUGCAUAGCAGCACGCCUUGAUGCAAUCAUAGUGCGUUGGCCUGCAUGUCGUAGUUUAACGUUUGAGCGGUGCAUUAUAACUUCAAAAUAUAAAAAAACUUGAGAAAGCGUCUUGAAAAGAUUUAUCGAAUGUCUUUGACAAUCGUAUUGUUUGCGUUGUUUACGUUUUUUGUGCAGUUUCCGAUAAGCUUUGAGGAUUUGGUAAGAUUACCGGUCCGCUUGCGUAGGUUACGAUCCCGUGAUCCCAUGCGCUGAUUAACUUCUCGUCAUAAUAUAACAAUUCGGUCUGGAAUGUCCAAUAAGAUUUUUGUACGACUAUUUAAUUAAUUGUGCUGGGAGACAAUCUUUUGAACUUUGUAGAUUCCACGGUGCUGUUCUUAAAUGCAGCAUUUAUUGGUAAAGUGAUACCAUUCACUUAUUUUUCAAAGCACUUUAAAGUACAGCACACGUUUGGUAAGGGGUAAGCAGCAAUGAAAACCCCCAGCACAAAUAAUUUUAACAAUGGGAAAAUAAGCACACUCGGUAUUCACCAUCUUACAAAAAAGGUCUAAAAGCAGUACUUUAUUAAUUUGUGUGUGAUGACUAGGUAACAUGUCAAACAAUAAAUAUAAUCAAAGCAAAAUACUGGAUCAAAAAUACUGUGUAAGAAUUGUGCUUUAAAAUUGCAGUACAGUUUCAGAAAUGCAUCGAAUUAUUAAUACUUUGUAACUUUGCAAGUAUUAAUAUUCCUGGGUUUUUCGGUAAAGUCACGUAGAUAGGUUUAUUUUUGAAGAAUAUGAAUUCCUGCAGUCACGAAAGCGUUAAGUCAAGAUUUGCAAGUGUAUUUAUUUCACAUUGAUACUCUUCAGAUAUGUAGAGGCACCUUGAGAAGGGGGAAAUGCGUAGAUUGGUGGUAUACAACAAAGUGUCACUUUCUGGACGACUUUUCUGGAAACCUUUUUAAAGUAACGUACAAGAUAUUUCCGGAAUGCCUCUUCACAGACUCCACCACGGUGCAGGUGAUUGCUGAAGUCAAUAGAUGCGAAUUAAAUCAUUACAGUUGAACACGUAGGGUUUCACGACAAAGGUCAUCCAUAAUACAGGUUUCGUAUGUUUUUUGGGUUAUAUCGUGUAAAUAUAUAAAUGUGUUGCUAAACUCGACACAGCCGAUUAGUCCGGCGACAGACCUAUUUGUAUACGUCUCCACCACACCGGUGUGCUGUUCUCGUAACGAAUUGGCAUUUUCUGUUUAUGUGACGAACCUUACGAAUCGGAUGUUUCGGGUGGUGGCGGGUUUAACGAGACAUAUUUACGCGAUCUAACCCAAAAAAAGCCUGUGCUAUGGAUAAAUCCAUACACGUUGCACACCCCUGUGAUUUGGUCGACAAACUUAAGCUUAGCAGCACAGCACGAUCGAGAGGUGCACGGAAUGGAUUGCAGUAUUGACACCGUGUUGCUAUCAGAAAACAUAAUUAAUCAAUGUUUUUUUUUUAAAUACCUAAUAUUUACACAUUAGCAGGGAUAUAUUUCUGUAGAUCCACACGUAAAAAGCACAGAUGCAUUCCAAAAAUGGUUUCCCAAUUGUUUGACUGGAUUCGUUUUUUUGUUUCUUAAUAGGAUGUUUUACUAAUUUACUGCGUUUUAAGAUUAAUAACCACAUCUGAUAAAUAGUCAUUAGGCGAUUCUCUCAUUUGUGAUUGACCACUACAGAUAUUAAUGUUGUCCAGAAAUAUUCACUCAUUAACAUUUCAGAUAUAUGCUAGAUUGUCCUUGCGUUAACCUCACUAAUUGCUGUGCGUUUUGACUUGCUGCGGUUAAGCGUUUGAAACGAAUUGAAUGUAGGCAUUACCAAAAUUGAAAAUAUUCUACAAGAUGUUUGCACGUUCACUAUUUAGGCACAUUUAUAGAUGCUAUAUUACAGUGCUUAAAGAUGGUCAGAAAGUGCUGAGUUUCUCAAUGAAACAGUUUUGAUCGUUAUGAUUGCUAUUGACAAGCAUCUUGCGCAUAUUGUUGGGGCAGGCGUUGUUAUUUGCUCUCUUGAUCCAUCUUAAACAUUUAUUUGCCUGUACGAGCGAAUUGCUAUACUACUUCAUUCACAUUUCAGACAAUAAAUGUUGGUUUCACAAGG